UGACGUUUACAUUGGCGUUCUUUUGGUCUCCGUUUACGUUUUUGAGAAAAGUUAUAAUAUUCAUGAAUUAAAUAUCUUCGAAAAGUUUGGCUUUCUGCAGUGUUCGCUGAUACCAUGGUCAAUUGAUAGAAAGAAGAAAGUAAUCUACCAUGAGUAACAAUUUAGAGAAUGAAAGAACAAUUACUGCUGGCAAAAUGUAUCCAAUUGAUUUGGCACCGCAGAAAAUCACUAUAGUGAAAAGUGUAUCCAACUCUGAAGUGAAAAUGACUCACUUGAUCACAAGCCAGCCCAAGACUACAGGUGCAGGCCAAAUAAUCACUCACGCCGGGUCUAUGGGCUUGAUUCGUCCUGCCACUCAAAUUCUCGGUCCUGGCGUCGGUUCACAACAGCAGAUGAUUGUCAGUGGAUCCCCAAUCCUUCAGGGGACAACAAUAGUGAGCCAGGGCUCUCAGCUUUUGGGGCAGAGUUCCCAGAUCAUAACUCCACAGUUGCUCAGUGGGCAGAUAUUGCAGCCGGCCACACAGAUCAUCAGCCAGGGGACUCAGCUGUCUGUGCAAGUGUCUAGCUCCAGCCCUAGUGUACAAGUCAGUGUGGCUUCACCAGUUAGCGGGACACAGGUAACAAUUUUAUUUAUGUUUUUAUAUCUGUUGCUUUGCUCUGAAUUACAAAAUAUUUACAAGCUAUAA